AGCGUCGUAAGACCGCUACAUUAUUUGGCUGAUGAGUUCCGAUUUAGAACAGGAUAAAGCAUAAUGAAUUUAUUAUUCCCUUCUAUUUGUGUCGAAAUCGUGAAUUACUGUGUUGACGAAUUUAUAUAUGGCUGCUGGACCGAUUGCGGAAAGAAAUCAAGAUGCUACGAUUUAUGUCGGUGGGCUGGAUGAUAAAGUUUCGGAAACUUUGCUGUGGGAACUUUUUGUUCAAGGAGGCCCAGUGGUAAAUGUUCAUAUGCCGAAAGACAGAGUGACGCAAAUGCACCAAGGUUAUGGCUUUGUGGAAUUUCUAAGUGAAGAUGAUGCGGACUAUGCCAUAAAAAUAAUGAACAUGAUAAAGCUUUAUGGGAAGCCAAUAAGAGUAAAUAAAGCAUCUGCUCAUCAAAAGAAUUUGGAUGUGGGUGCAAAUAUAUUUAUCGGAAAUCUAGACUCCGAAGUUGACGAAAAGCUGCUUUACGAUACAUUUUCAGCAUUUGGUGUAAUAUUGCAAACUCCAAAGAUUAUGCGAGACCCUGAAACUGGCAAUUCUAAAGGUUUCGCUUUUAUAAACUUUGCCAGUUUCGAGGCAUCGGACGCAGCAAUGGAUGCAAUGAACGGACAAUAUCUUUGCAAUAGACCAAUAUCUGUGUCGUACGCAUUCAAAAGAGACUCGAAAGGCGAACGUCACGGAUCAGCAGCGGAAAGGCUUUUAGCUGCGCAAAAUCCAUCUUCUCACGCCGACAGGCCGCAUCAGCUUUUUGCGGAUGCUCCAGUUCCAACUAUGAUUCCUGUUUUGCCAGGACAAAUUAUUCCACCUCCGUUGUUGGCACCACCUCCCCCUCCAACAGCGAGCACGUCGUCAAUGAUACCCCCACCUCCACCAGUUCCUCCACCACAGACUUCAUUUGUGCCUCCACCCCCCCUACCGCCUAUUGGUGGUGCUCAAACCCUACCUCCUCCAGUUGGAAUUCCUCCGCCACCCAGAAUGUUACCACCAGGCGCCUGGUCAUCUGGAACUCCGGCUCCGCCUCCCCCAAACUGGAGACCAUCUGCCAAUUUUCCUCCAGUAUCGUACCCACCCACACAAUUUAACGGCGAGCAACCAGUUAGUUUCCAAUAUUAAUUAUAGUUUUGUUAUUAAAACUAAAAAUAACUUUGUAAAUGAAAAUUGUGUAGUGGGAAAGAACCAAUAUUUUUAAUAUAUUGUAAAAGGUGAAUAGACAA